UCAAGAGUGAAAAUAUAAGAAGGUAAGUGGAAAACGGAGCAUCCCCAUUGACGCAAGACAAAAGAAAACGCCUCCUCCACUCCAAACUCUCACGCUCUAAGUCCAUCCAUCCCUGACCCUAACCCCACUCAGUCCCCCACCCCACCAAACAACAACUUACAGUCACAGACUCACAACCAAGAAAGACAUUAGAGAUGGGUUUCGCGGAGAAGACAACUCAGAGCAGCAACCAGAGCUCCGCCACUUCCACCACUGAUAACCGGAUUAUGGGUUUCCUCUUAGUCUUCUUCCCUCAGGACCACUCCAACUCCAAAUCGAAUUCCAUUGUUCAUGAUCCCGCUUCUUCUUCUUCUUCUUCUUCUUCUUCUUCUUCUUCUUCUUCCUCUUCCUCUUCUUCUCCCCCUGUUCCGUGUUUCAAGCCCAACCCUACUGCAAAACUCCUCAGAAGAACAAAUUCCUCCGGUUUCCUCCUCACCAAAGCCCAAUCCACCAUCUCAAUCUGCAUCUUGUUCCUCUUCCUAACUCUUUUUGUCUUUACUAUCUCCACCUUCGAACCCACCAUCCCAAUUAACCCCAGCGCCAAACCCCCUCGCAGAUUCUUAUCAGACCACCCCAUCAAAUCUCCUCCCUCUUCGUCUUUUUCACUUGGAAUGUGGAGCAGGAAUCCCCGGGGUAGGCCCCCGGAAUUCGCCGACAACAGGCCGCAGUUCUUUGCUCUGCAAGGAAUGGGCACUCUGUACCGGCGCGGCACUAAAGCCAUGAACGAUCUCCUGGUCUGUCAUGUUGUCGAAGAUGUCGGUGAAGAUGAAAUGCGCUUGUUUCUCAGGCUUUUGCACAGGUCUGGUGUCACCGCAAAAUCCGACGUCGUUUUCAUUUUCGAUUCGUCUUCCGCUGCUUCGAGAUUCCAUGGUGUCAUUCAAGAAGAGAACGAGUCAUUCUUGGCCCUCGUCCAAGCAUAUCAACAAUCUAAUAUCACGAGUCGCAACUCAGUAUUGAGCUUCGACUUGGCUCAGUUCGUCAAGCCCGUUAAGAAGGAAGUUGCAGAGCCUAUAUGGGGCAGGAGAAGUCGAGGAAAUUACAGCGCGAACUCAGUGGAAGGAGAGAAUGAGUCUCCUCGAUUGAAUUACGGAUCGGUGAUUGGUUUCGAAUCCAACGAGUUGGACUCGGAGAACUCUCUGGCCGGGUUUUUGGAUCACGUGCCGAUGAGUCUGAGAAGGUGGGCUUGUUACCCGAUGCUCCUCGGUCGAGUCCGUCGCAAUUUCAAGCACAUAAUGUUGGUCGACGUUAAGAAUUCGGUCUUACUCAGUGACCCGCUCGGCCGAGUCAGGAAUCACAGUCCCGAGUCAGUUCAUGUAUGGUUAAAGCAAGAGGCUGGCUCAAGCAAGCACGGGAGAAAAAAUUCGGAGAGAACUCAGUCGGGUCGACACGUGAACUCACGGAUUGUGAUGGGUGGAGCUAGGGGAGUUCGGAGAUUAUCAAAUGCCAUGUUGACUGAGAUUGUUAGAGCUGCAAUGCAACACAAGAAGAACCAGGUGACGGAGUCUGGAGUAAUGAGUCAACUUGUUAGCACUGAGCACAUAACU